ACAGAUAUAGAAUUCUAUCAAGCAGCUAGAUUAUUAUUAAUUUUAUCAAGCAUGAGGAAUUUGAGAGGAGGAAGAGGCAAUAUUGCCCUGUUUCUGAUUCUGUGGUUCGUCGUCGUCGUCGUCGUCGACAUCUUAAUCUGUCCUCAAGGUCUUCUGGUGGCGGGAGAUGGAGGCCUGCAAGGGCAGGACGACGGGGAUGAUGGACAGAAACCUCCCCCGCCAUCUCUUCUGGAUAUGAUCCUGUACGACGCAUCAUUACCAUUUGCCGGCACACCUUUCUUGGAUAAACUUAAAUCUCUAGUCAAGUUAGUGCAGAAACGAUAUUUUCCUCCCAAUUUAGAUUUUAGGAGCAGGGAUGAGGAUCGUUUGGAGGGCGGCGCGGAAGACGGCAACGGCGCCGGAGCAAAGAUAAAAAUGGCGGUGGAGAAGAGUUUCGGAUCAGGCAAAGAGACGGUGGAGGGAUAUGCUAAAACGGCCGGGGAAGCGGUGGGAGAAGCAGUGCACAAAACAGCAGAGAAGGUGAAGGGUAGCUUCUCUGAUAAAGAGGGAUCUAAUGCAGAGCUUUGAUCAAAAUUAAUUGAAAGCUCUUGGUAGGAAGGUGAAGCUUUUCGCUUGAUGAAUGCUUACAGCUGUAAACCCAGAAAGCCAAGAUAAUAGUCCUUUUACAAGGUUAAAAGGGGGUUUUUUUUUUUUUUUUUUCUUAACUCAAGGCCGUGUUUGGUUGUUUCUC